AUGAUCAACGACCCUCGUCAGGUCCUACUUCCCGUGGAUGGGAGUGAGUCAAGUAAGAGGGCUAUGUCGUGGUACAUGGCAAACAUCUUUCGUCCCUCCGACGUGAUUCACCUCUACCACAUCUGCGAGCCCAGCUACGCGGCCAACAAUUUCUCCCUUACCACUCUGGGACAGAGCAAAACCAACGAAAUCAACGCUAUGCUCCAGGAGCAUAUUGAGCUUUCAAACACUCUGAGUCACGACUUCCUUUCCAGGUUGGAGAGCAGAGGAGUGUCCGGUGACUUCACCCUGACAGUGGGCACAAAGCCUGGGGAGAUGAUUGUCAGCCAAGCGAGAGAUUUGAACGCCGACCUCAUUGUCAUGGGGAGCCGAGGACGUUAUGGAGGUGCAGGAAAAGUACCUUCGGUUCCAUUAACGAAACGGAUGAUGUUAUCAGCCCUACCAUUUGCGCGUGAUUCGGAAAACAGAUGGUGA